AUGGCCACCAGGAUCAGCGCGAAUGGCACAGUGGGCAUGCCGCGCAUCCAAGACGUCCUUCGCACCCCAGAGGACCUCGAGAAGAUCGCAAGCUUAAAGGCCGAAAUCAACCGCAAAAAGGCCGACGUGGACGCCAGACUAAGAGAAGGGUUACAAGAUCAUUUGGACACUACGCACAAUGGCAUGUCAACACUGUCUGAGGGCCAAAAGCUGGUCGGACAGAUCAAAGAAGAGAUGAAGACUAUCUACGACCUCUGCGAGCAGGCUCAGGCGAUUCGUAGGAAUUUCCCUCAAUUGGACUACCUGGCCAAAGUCCAUCGCAAUUUUGAGGCGACCCGCGCAAUGCAGGCUGGCUUGCAGACGUUCGCCGACGACUGUUACCAGGUUCAGAGACUGCUAGAGGACGACGAGAACGACCUGUAUCAGCAGCCGCAUCUUCUCGAUGCUUACAUGCGAGUGACUCGCCUGCGGGACUUCCGAGACGAAGCUCUGGAUCAGAUCCGCAGAGCCAGAGACACGAGCCUGGAAGGGGAUCUGCUCAACCUCUUCGAACAGCUUGAUGAUGUGAUCGAUGCAUUCGAUGACCAUCUCGGCUUCAUCUGCAUGAACCUCAUUGACAUCAUUCAACGGACUGAUGACCCCGGCAUUAUCGUCCGCCUCGCUAUCGUGCUUGCCUCCGAAGAGAGAAACGACGACCGGGUCAGAGCCCUGCAGGAUGCUCAAAAGGACCACCAAGACCUGGUCAGCAAAUUCACAUCAUUCAACAUUGGUCCCAAGCACAUUCGAGGGUACAAAGACAAAUUCAUCAAAGCCAUUGAGCAGGUUGCCGGAGACAAAUUCCACAAAGCCAAGCAGGAGUUUCAAGAGGAUCCUUCCAAGCUCAAAAACCAGACCAAAUGGUUUGGUGAAGAUCUUAACGCGGUCAAGCGAGGAAUGCAGAACCUCUUCCCCAGAAAAUGGAAGAUUUUCAACACAUAUGUGGAUAUCUAUCACAGGCAGAUGCAUGAUUUCCUCAUCUCUUUUGUAGAUGCUGAAGACCUCCGGCCGCCGCAGAUGCUGGCCAUUGUCCAUUUCGUGGAGGAGUACUACCGGAGAAUGAAGAAAUUAGGCGUACCGGAAUCCCAGCUGAAGCCACAUGUGCUCGACUCGCGAGAAGGCGAGCUCAUCCGCGAUUACAGAAACGUCAUCACGAAAGCCUUGAAUUCUUGGAUCGACAGGAUGUAUGUGACCGACAGGAAGAACUUCAUGUCGCGAGCGCCGGACGCUAUCGAGCCAGACUCAGAUGGGCAUUUGAGAUCAAAGACACUUGGCGAUAUGUGGCGGAUGCUGCACGAACAAGCCGAAGCAGCGGGCGACUCCGAGCGCGAGGACGUCGUCGAAGGCGUCAUGAGCGCCAUGUUCAGUGCACUGAAGUCUAGGCAACAGCAGUGGGAGACACUGAUCGACGAGGAAGUGGAGCGAUACAAGAACCCGACGUCAGAACAGCUUGAAACUCUACAGCAACUUCAAGAUUGGCUCCUGGCCAUCGCAAACGAUCAGAUUGCCUGCGUAGAUGACGCUGCAGGCGAUGUGCUAGACGACCCCACCGCACAGAAGGGUUACUUGACACGGUUCAGAGAGGAUUUUGUCAAGCUUCCUACCCCUCCAUCUGCCAAAUUCAUGUCUACCAAUGGCACGACGGAAUUGGAUGCUCUCCGGGAUGGUUACGUCGACUUGGCUACUCACUGCAUCAAUCGCUUCGUGCAGCUGAUUUUCAGAGUCGAUUUCCGCACAAUCAUGACAGAACUAUUCGUACCGGGCAAGUGGUACGAACAAUCUGCAAUGCAAAGAAUCACUACGACCUUCGACGACUACGUCGGAGACUACAACUCGGUGCUCCAUCCAUCCCUGAUGGACAUUCUGAUCGAGGAGCUGUCCGAUGCUCUACUGGUGGGCUAUCUUACUUCACUCCGCACCAAUCGUGGCGUGAAGUUCAGAAGGGGUGAACCAUUUGCCGCCAAGUUCAGAGACGACGUACUUGCCGCAUUCGCCUUCUUCGAGAAAUACCCUGACAGCUUCAACGAGACCAUCAAACCUAAAUGGAAAGCUGUGAACUAUACGGUGCAACUGGUCGAAAGCGACAAGAAUGAAGUCGUGCCGAAAUACGAGCAGUUCAAACGGGACUUCUGGGAUCUGCAAUUGAGCUGGGUGGAGGCUGUGUUAAAGACUCGUGACGACUGGGACCGUGGCAUGAUCACAGCUGUCAAACGAGCAGCAGCGAGCACAUACGCUGAACGCGGCUUGGAUACUGUCAUGGGCAAAGUCAAGUGA